CAAAACAUGUCGCCCUCCAGCUCCCCAGAGCCCGUUAUGGACGAUUCCCACGAAUCCUCCGACUCGGAGGUCGAGCAGACCGAUCUGCAGUCCCGCGCCCCCAAGAGAAGACGUCUUUCGGAGUCUUCCACCGACUCCUACGUUGCCCCGGCGCCGCUCCCCACUCUCUCCCGUAUCAAGAAGAAGGGCGCAGAUGAAGAGAAGAAGCCCGCCACAUCGGAUAAAGACGAGCCCGUUCUGAUCAAAGAUGCGCUGGAGAUUGGUCUCAACGAAGCGCAGAACUCCUUCGCCUCUCUCAAAGUGGCGCCGUGGUUGAUCGGUUCCCUAACCACCAUGGCCGUGCGCAAACCAACUGCUAUUCAGAAAGCUUGUAUCCCCGAAAUCCUGAGCGGCCGGGACUGCAUUGGUGGAAGCCGGACUGGUUCCGGUAAGACCAUUGCCUUCUCAGUCCCCAUGCUGCAGAAAUGGGCGGAGGAUCCAUUCGGUAUCUUCGGCCUUGUCCUCACUCCAACUCGUGAACUCGCCCUUCAAAUCUACGAACAAAUCAAAGCCAUCUCCGCCCCCCAAAGCAUGAAACCCCUCCUCAUCACCGGCGGCACCGACAUGCGCCCCCAAGCCCUCGCGCUCGCGCAACGCCCACACGUCGUGAUCGCCACGCCCGGCCGUCUAGCCGACCACAUCAACACCUCCGGCUCCGACACCAUCCGCGGCCUGAAGCGCGUCCGCAUGGUCGUUCUCGACGAAGCCGACCGACUCCUCUCCCCGGGACACGGCAGCAUGCUCCCCGACGUCGAAACCUGCCUGUCGGCCCUCCCACCCUCCAGCGAGCGCCAAACCCUCCUCUUCACAGCAACCCUAACCCCCGAAGUACGCGCACUGAAAUCCAUGCCCCGCCCGGCCUCCAAACCGCCCAUCUUCGUGACGGAAAUCUCCACCGAAAACAACGCCUCCAUCCCCCCCACCCUCAAACAAACCUACCUCAAAGUCCCCAUGACCCACCGCGAAGCCUUCCUCCACGUCCUCCUCUCCACAGAAGCCAACGCCUCCAAACCAGCCAUCAUCUUCUGCAACCACACCAAGACCGCGGACUUGCUGGAGCGCAUGCUCCGCAGACUGUCUCACCGGGUCACUUCUCUGCAUAGUCUGCUGCCGCAGUCGGAGCGGAAUGCCAAUCUGGCGAGGUUUCGAGCGUCCGCGGCGAGGUUGCUCGUCGCGACGGAUGUGGCGUCUCGUGGUUUGGAUAUUCCGUCGGUGGAGUUGGUGGUCAAUUUCGAUGUGCCGAGGAAUCCGGAUGAUUAUGUGCAUCGGGUGGGUAGAACGGCCCGUGCGGGGAGGAAGGGUGAGUCGGUGACGUUGGUGGGGCAGAGGGAUGUGAGUCUUGUGUUGGCGAUUGAGGAGAGGGUCGGGAGGCAGAUGGAGGAGUGGAGUGAGGAAGGGGUUAGUGUUGAGGGUAGGGUUGUUAGGACGGGUGUGUUGAAGGAGGUUGGGGAGGCCAAGAGAGAGGCGAAUGGCGAGAUUGAAGAGGGGAGAGAUGUUUUGGGGAGGAAGAGGAAUAAGUUGAAGAAGGUGCGGUAG